AACUUGCGCGCCGCUGUGCGGUAAAGCGUCCGGUCCACGCGCUGUCGCCCUCGCCCAGACGCCACCGCCGCAACGCGUUGCUGCGUGGAAGGAAGCCCUCCUCCUCCUCAUCCCCUUCUCCGCCGCGCCCAACCACCACCCCGAAGCGAAGCCGCGUGGAGGUGGAGGCGUCGUGCAGAUCGGGGCUGUGCCGCUCGCCGUGGGAUGCCGUUCCAGCCCCGGAGGUGAGGUAGCUCGACGUCUGCUUGUGUUUUUUUUUUCUUUCCCCGGCGCGGAUUACUGAGGCGAUGGCGGAGGACGGGGAGGAGAAGCUGCUCGCGACGGUGCAGCACAUCGUGCAGACGCUGGGGAGCAGCGACACCAUGACGGAGGACAUCCUCAGGGUCUUCUCCAACUACGACGGCCGCCUCUCGCUCGACAAGCUCUACGCCGCGCGGGCCGCGGCGGCCUCGGCCGCUGGCGGCGGCGGCGGCGGCGGCUUAGGGGGAGGAGGGGAGCACUCGAUGCCGGAGUCUCCGACGCUGCCGCUGCCACCGCCGCCAGCGGCUGCGGUGUCGGCGGCGGCGGCCGCGGGGAGGCCGCCGCCCGUGACGUCGAUGGAGCGGACCGUCCGCACCCUCGACCGCCAGAUCUCGCAGUUCGUGGCGAUGGACAGGCUGAUAUGGGCGGACUCCGCGGACGCCGACGCGUUCCUUGAGGCGGUCGACGACCUCAUCGGCACCGUGCAGGAGCUGGAAGCCGCGGGGACCAACCGCGGCCUGUUCGACCGCGCGGAGGAGCUGCUCAGCAGGUGCAUGGCGCGCCUGGAGGAGGAGUUCCGGGCGCUCAUCGAGCGCCCCGACGACGCGGUCCCCGCGGCGCCCGGUGGGUUCCGGUCGGACGGGAGCGACGACGAGGAGGACUUCGGCGGCGGGGACGGCUACGGCGACGAGCCGAUCCCAAUCGCCAAGCCGGUGACGGACUACGACGUGGUGAUCGACGCGCUCUCGCCGGGGUCGGUGGCGAAUGUGCACCAGAUCGCGCGGAGGAUGGUGGAUGCCGGCUUCGGCCGCGAGUGCGCCGAGGUCUAUGCCGCCGCGCGUCGCGGCUUCGUCGACGAGAGCGUUGCUCGCCUCGGCGUCCGCCCACGAACUGCUGAAGAGGUCCAUGCCUCCUCCUGGGAGGAGCUCGAAUUCGACAUCGCCCGCUGGAUCCCGGCCUUCAACAUGGUGUUCCGUAUUCUGAUUCCCAGUGAGCGCCGGCUAUGUGACCGCGUCUUCGACGGCCUCGCCCCCUUUGGGGACCUUGCCUUUGUCGCCGCCGUGCGCACACAAGCCUUGCAGCUCAUAUCAUUCGGCGAUGCUAUCUCUUCCUCCAGCCGCGCUCCGGAGCGCCUCUUCCGAGUGGUGGACAUGUACGAGGCUGUGCGGGACCUUCUCCCUGACCUUGAUCCUGUGUUCGCCGACCCGUACUCUGCUGCGCUCCGUGCAGAGGUCACGGCGGUGUGCAACACCCUCGGCUCAUCGAUCAAAGGCAUAUUCAUGGAGUUAGAAAAUCUCAUCCGCCGUGAUCCUGCUCGAGUUGCAGCCCAAGGUGGAGGCAUACAUCCCAUCACUCGGUAUGUCAUGAACUAUCUCCGUGCUGCUUGUGGGUCGCGGCAGACAUUGGAAGAGGUGAUGGAAGGUGACUUCGGCGCUGUUGGUGGAGCGGCUGCUGCAGUUGACCCUGAUCGUCCCACCUCGUCGCUUGCUGUGCACAUAGCAUGGAUCAUGGAUGUCUUGCACAAGAAUUUAGAUAUAAAGUCGAAGAUAUACCGAGAUCCAUCACUCGCUUGCGUCUUCUUGAUGAACAAUGGCAAGUACAUCAUUCAGAAGGUGAAUGAUAGUGAACUUGGUGUUUUGCUUGGUGACGAGUGGAUCAAGCAAAUGACAAACAGAGUGCGGCGUUGGAGCAUGGAUUACCAGCGGGUAACAUGGGGCAAGGUCACAACAGUAUUGCAGACUGGCGGUCCUGGAGUAGGUGGACUCCCUGCCACGGCAAUGAAGCAGAAACUCCGGAUGUUUAAUACCUACUUUCAGGAGAUCUAUGAAGUACAAUCAGAAUGGGUGAUAGCAGAUGAACAGCUGCGGGUGGAUGUUAGGGCAGCAGUGGCGGAAGCUGUAAUGCCAGUAUAUACAGCCUUGAUUUCUAGAUUGAAAUCAUCCCCCGAAGCCAGGCAUGACUUGUACAUCAAAUACACCCCAGAAGAUGUUGAGGCAUGCAUCCAGCACUUGUUUGAAGGAGCAGCUAAGUGAUCAGUUGAUCAGUACGUUAUGGUACUGGCGUGCUGCAGCCUGCAGCUUCUACUACAGGGUUUGUGGAGUUCUAUCAUGGAUCCUGGUGAAUAUCUGCGUCCCAUUAUUGGUGAUUUUCAUAGCUUAACCUUUCAUCCUCAUUGUUUGUAUUUUGUCCUCCAUGAAGAAAUCAUGAGGUAAGACAAAUGGUGUACAACUGUACAUGACUACUGUAGGUGUAUCUGUACCAAUUAGUAAGGUGAUUAUUUUGUAACAAUCAGGACUAUUUUUCCAUUUGUUUCAACUAUUUCAGAUUAACAGCUAAGUGUUUAUGUGUGAAUUUCUGUUAUUUACUUUAGGAAGUUUCAUGAAGUGCUUAAACAAUCGAAAAAUUGGUUGGAAGUUCUA